CGGCGCGCUUCACCCUUAGAGUCCGUUCAGGUUGCGGCUGCUGGGGUGGAGGGAGGGGAGGUGGCGCAGGCCAUGUGGCCGACCCUGCGCUACGUAGGCGGUGUCUGCGGACUGGCCCGGUACUGCGAGGCUGGGGGCUUCCUCCGCGCAAGCGGACCGGCGUCCGGGGUGCCCGGGCUACUGUGCGGGGGUGGCCGCAGGAGCUCCAGCACCAGCUCUUUUGAUAUAGUCAUCGUUGGAGGUGGAAUUGUGGGCCUUGCCUCUGCCAGAACGCUCAUCCUGAAACAUCCCGGACUUUCGAUUAGUGUGGUGGAAAAGGAGAAAGAUUUAGCUCUUCACCAGACUGGACACAACAGUGGUGUCAUACACAGUGGGAUUUACUAUAAACCAGAAUCUCUGAAGGCUAAAUUGUGUGUAGAAGGUGCAGCCCUCAUCUAUGAGUACUGCAACCUCAAGGGAAUUCCCUACAGGCAAUGUGGCAAGCUAAUAGUAGCUGUUGAACAAGAAGAAAUUCCCAGACUUCAGGCCCUGUAUGAGAGAGGCCUGCAGAAUGGAGUCCAAGGCCUGAGGCUGAUCCAGCAGGAGGAUAUAAAAAAGAAGGAGCCGUAUUGCAGGGGUCUAAUGGCUAUUGAUUGUCCAUACACUGGCAUUGUGAACUACCAACAGGUGGCCUUGUCAUUUGCCCAGGAUUUCCAAGAAGCAGGUGGCUCUAUCUUGAAAGAUUUUGAGGUAAAAGGUAUUGAAAUAGCUAAGGAAAACUCUUCAAGAAGUAAAGAUGGCAUGAACUAUCCAAUCGCUGUCAAGAACAGCAAGGGAAAGGAGAUUCGGUGUCGAUAUGUUGUCACGUGUGCUGGUCUUUACUCAGACCGUAUUUCAGAGUUGAGUGGCUGCAAUCCUGACCCUCAAAUUGUCCCAUUCCGGGGAGAUUACCUGGUCUUAAAGCCAGAAAAGGGCUACCUUGUAAAAGGAAAUAUUUACCCGGUCCCAGACAGCCGGUUUCCUUUCCUCGGAGUUCACUUUACGCCCAGGUUGGAUGGCACUAUUUGGCUAGGGCCCAAUGCAGUUCUGGCCUUUAAACGGGAAGGUUACAAACCCUUUGACUUCGAUGCCAGAGAUGUUAUGGAAGUCAUUCUCAAAAGCGGCUUCAUUAACCUGGUGUUCCAGCAUUUCUCUUAUGGAGUUAAUGAAAUGUAUAAAGCAUGUUUUCUCAGUGAAACAGUGAAGCAUCUUCAAAAGUUCAUUCCUGAAAUCACCAUCAGCGAUGUCCUUCGAGGUCCUGCUGGAGUACGGGCCCAGGCCCUGGACAGAGAUGGAAAUCUGGUAGAGGACUUUGUGUUUGAUGGAGGGACUGGCGAGAUUGGAGACCGCGUCCUUCAUGUGAGAAAUGCGCCUUCGCCUGCCGCCACUUCCUCCCUGGCAAUUUCUAGAAUGAUAGCAGAGGAAGCACAGCAAAGGUUUAAGUUAUGACUGGCGGAGGGAACUGUGCUUGCGUUACAGUCCCCACGUCAGCAACAAGGGUCUACCGGCUGCAUUUUAAAAUUAGAAUUUAAGAAAACAAUUUUAAAACCAUGCCUUUAAGGCUAAAAUAAACAUUGACUUAUUAACAGGAUAUAGUAGAUAUAAUAAUUUUUUAAAAAUUCAGGUCCAUAUUCUUGUGAACAACGAAAUGAAGAGUAUCAGUACCUGUCCUGAAACUUGAGGUUUAUUAGACUUUCCCCAACCCACCGCAGUCUGGGGAGGGCUCUUACAGAGUGUUUGGGAAGACAUCAUAAAAGAUGGACUUGUCCCUAAAUAAAUGUUUGGAUUUAUAAUAUUUUUCCUUUUUCUAAAUAACUGCUUAUUUAGAAAAUGAAAAUGCUUGAUUUCAAGGAAAUAAAUGAAAUUUCACAUUUCUAAGUAGCAUAGAAGAAAGUCAGUCUUUUACUGCAGCCCCGCAGUGUGGCAUCAUCACUCCACGUGACUAGCAGUGUGCCUGUGUGCUUGCUGCCUACACUACAGUUUUCUAAGCUGAGACAUGAAAGUCCCUAAAAGGGCUGAUUUUAUAAGUGCAGUUUAAAAUCCUGACCCUGGGUGCGUCACUGUGUAAUUUUAUGUGUCUCACACCUCAGUCCCUUGGUCACACUGAGUUUCCCAAGAUGGUGGCCAGGAUUACCAGUGAUUCCUAUCUAUUUGGGUUUUCAGAAUUCCUGUAAGAUUUGUGAGGACAUUUCUCCAUUUUUGGUUAAUAUCUAACUUGGAGGCAUUCACUUUUGUAAACCGCGAAAGUGCCUUAUAUCCUUCAUAUUUACUUCAUUAACGUGGUGAGUCGGUGCCAAGUACCAUACUGUGUGUGCACGUGCGCAUGUGUGGGUAGUGCCAUAUUGUUACUGUGUAUACUAUAUGUGUGUGUAUGUGUGUGUGUGGGUGUGAAGUACCAUAUUAUAUUACUGUGUGCAUGUAUGUAUGUGUGUGUGUGCUCGCGUGUGUGUCUUAGCUAGUGAAGUGUGUCUUACAACUCAGAAAGUUAGAAAAUAGAAAUAUAAGCGAAGAACUGGCAACCUGGCCAUGGAAACAGGCAGCACUUAGGGAGACCCUUCGUCUGUCCUCCCGAGUGUCCUCUCAGGGUUAAUCUUGGUUUUCAUCGCCAACACUGUGAUGGAUGUAUGAGAGGGGUGUGCAUGUUGAUAGUGAAACCUUUUCCUGCCACUUGUUUCUCUUCACUUCAGCCCUUACUGGUUACAUUUAUUAAGCUAUCUAAUCCAUUAAUUUAAAAGGAUACACAUUGUGGGCUUCAGUUGGAGAGGCAGCAUAUCCCAGGUAAAUAGAUGAGGCAGUUAUUCAACCCUUGGGCUGGGCAUAUUGAAACACUCAGAAAUCAUUUACAGAAAAACCAAGCCCUAGUGGCCCUCCAUAGCAGCUGAUUCCAGAAGAAGCACUGCAGAGCACGUCUCUGUUCUAAGACGUCAGUGACACAAGCAUCACAGUGAGAUUGUGUUACUUUAUGACUAAGAUGAGAGUCUUUUCCUUUUAGCUGUGGUGAAAGAAGUGUGCAUGUUCUGUUUCAUCAGCUGUGAGACCUGUGCACAUACACUAAGCUGUGAAAAAAUAAAGUUACAAAAUACAAAACACAAAAUAGCUAUCAUGAUAGAAGCAAUCCUUACUCCAUUUGGGUCUGUAUUGUAUAUCCCAGAAUAAUAGUGAAAAUUUGUUGAAAUAUGUCAGUUAAUCUGUUUGUAAAAUAUUUGAUAUUUAUGUCAAUAGGAAUUUUUGUUAAAUACUGAUAUAUAAGAAUUUUUGUGUCUUUCUGAGAAAAUAAAAAUGUAUAUUAGUA